AUGUCGAUGAACCAGCUGUCAAUGCUGCUGGGCCUUCCAGACUCAGAACUAAAGCAGAUCAUAGACUAUGCAAACACGCUCUCCAAGGCAGAGGCGGCAGAUCACUUCAAGAAUUUCCUGGGCGACUCACCACAGGCCAUCGAGUUUAUCUCUGCCUUCAACUCUCGACGACAAGAUCCUAAACCUCCAGCGCCUCCACCAGCAACAGCAGCAGCCGCCGCCGCUGCAGCGACAAGCUCACAGCCUUCCUCAGACGUGGAUGCAGUGCCCAAACGGACAAAAGGACCCAAGAAGAGGAAACCUCAGAUUCACACGCCCGCGCCGCGCCAGGUCGUCCAGACGGGAGUAGGGCCUGGCACCGUUUACAAGAAGGCCCUCGAGGAUGAUUACAUGCCCGCCCGCUCUGGCGCGUCGACGCCCUCCUUGAGCAAUAGCAACGCAGCCUCCUCCAAGGCGCCGACACCAACCCCGAAAUCCUCCACCCCUCCACCCCAGAAGAAACAAGGCAAGCCGCCGCCCUCCGCCGCGGGCUCCCUCGUCUCCGACCUCCUCGCGCCCAACAAGCACAAGCCCAAGUCCAACCCUCCCUCCCGCACCUCGACCCCCGGGCCCUCCUCCUCCGGCGGCAACAACAACAAGAACAAUGCCCCUCCUGCAGCAAAGGUGUCCAUAACAGGGGGCCUGCCCAUGCACGGCGCCUCGGGCGCAAUCGCCGACCUCGACUCGGCCAUCCGUGCGCUGGAGAUCACGACAAACCCCUCGCUGUCCAGCAACAAGGCCAACGACGUCGCAGCCAGGAGGUGCAACUGUGUAGCGACACGCCACCCGCUCCAGACGGCGGCGCCAAACUGCCUGAACUGCGGCAAGGUUAUAUGCCUGAAGGAAGGGCUAGGCCCCUGUACCUCGUGCGGCCACCCGCUGCUCAACCCAGACGAGGUCCAGGCCAUGAUCCGUGAGCUGAAGGUCGAGCGCGGGCGGGAGAAGCAGGCGGCCGACCGCGAGGCACACAGGCGGCCAGACGUGGCGGCGGCGCCGCGGCCCUUCACCAAGGCGCGGACAGGAUACGAGGCCGACGAGGCGGUCAGCUCGGCGGAGGCCAAGGCCAGGGAGCACCGGGACAGACUGCUGGGUUUUCAGGCGCAGAACGCGCGGCGGACGACGGUCCGGGACGAGGCUGCGGACUUUGACGUGUCGGGCGCCAUGAUGGGCGGCACAGGAGGAGGCGGCAGCAUCUGGGCCAGCCCGGAGGAGAGGGCGAAAGAGCUCAAGAGACAGCAAAAGAUCCUGCGGGAGAUGGAGUGGAACGCGAGGCCGGACUACGAGAAGAGGCAGCAGGUGGUGAGCAUCGACCUAGUCGGCGGGAAGGUCGUCAAGAAGAUGAUGGCCAUCGAGCGGCCGCCCACGCCUGAAGAGGACGAGGACCACGGCCUCGACGUGGGUCCUGGGGUCCUCCGGGAGACGAGUGCCAAUGGUAGAGGGAGUAGCGUGGGGGGAGGGGCAUUUAGCAGGAACCCGUUGCUAGGUGGAAUGAUCAAGCCUGUCUAUGACAUGAAAGGCAAGGGUACGGCAUUGGAGGGCCGGAAGGACAGGGCGACGAGGUGGCGGAGGGUCCAGGAUGAUUUGAACGACAAUGAGGCUGUCAUAUUAGAUGGUGGUAUUUAUGGUGGUAAAGAUGUGGCCAACACGAGUAGCUCUGGCGAUGAGCCAGCCCGUGGAUAG